GAAGUUUGAUUAUUUCGUUUAUUACCGCUUCCAUCAAAGUGGAUAUUACUUCCGGUUCUGAAUUGGCCAAGAGAUCAAGAUGAUGAGGAUAAGGCCCCUGGCCCGGGCUCUUACAGCUCAGAACUUGCUGAAACAUCCAGUUAGAUGCAGUACAUCUGUGGCCACUCAACCAGAGAAAAUAGAAAUAUUUAUUGAUGAUAAGCCUGUUUAUGUCUACCCCGGCACAACCAUUUUACAGGCCUGUGCUGAGGGAGGGGUACAGAUCCCCCGAUACUGUUACCACGAGAGACUAUCUGUCGCUGGGAACUGCCGAAUGUGUCUCGUAGAGGUGGAAAAAUCAGCCAAGCCUGUUGCAUCAUGUGCCGCACCUGUCAUGAAAGGAAUGAGAGUAAAAACAGACUCGGAAUUGUCCAAAAAAGCUCGGGAGGGUGUGAUGGAGUUUCUGUUAGUGAACCACCCCCUGGACUGUCCCAUCUGUGAUCAAGGAGGAGAAUGUGAUUUACAGGAUCAGUCUAUGGUUUUUGGCAGUGAUAGAAGUAGAUUUACUGAUAUCAACUUUGCUGGGAAAAGGGCAGUGGAGGAUAAAAACAUCGGUCCUCUGGUUAAAACAAUAAUGACAAGAUGUAUUCACUGUACCCGCUGCAUCAGGUUCGCCAGCGAAGUGGCAGGAGUAGACGAUUUAGGCACGACGGGAAGAGGAAGUGACAUGCAGGUCGGAACCUAUGUGGAAAAACUUUUUCGAUCUGAGCUGUCGGGAAACGUCAUAGAUCUGUGUCCUGUAGGAGCUUUAACUUCUAAACCCUAUGCCUUCACUGCUAGGCCUUGGGAAACAAGGAAAAUAGAAAGUGUGGAUGUCCUGGAUGCACUGGGGAGUAACAUCGUAGUCAGCACAAGGUCAGGGGAGGUCAUGCGUAUCCUGCCCAGAAUGAAUGAGGAAAUUAAUGAGGAGUGGAUCUCGGAUAAGACAAGGUUUGCGUAUGACGGCCUUAAGCGACAGAGAUUGACUUUCCCCUACGUCAAAGAUAACACAGGAAAUCUGAAAAAGACGAGCUGGGAAGACGCACUUAUUACAACCUCCUCUAUGAUGAACAAUUUUGAAGGUGACCAGAUUGCUGGUUUAGCCGGGGGACUUGUGGAUGCUGAAUCUCUGGUUGCCCUUAAGGACCUCCUUAAUAAAUUGGGUAGUGAAGCCCUCUGUACUGAAGAAUACUUCCCUAUGGAUGGGGCAGGGACUGAUUUGCGUUCUAAUUAUUUGCUGAAUACUGGAAUAAACGGAAUAGAGGAGGCAGACCUUGUGCUAUUUAUAGGAACUAAUCCCCGAUUCGAAGCCCCAAUUCUGAACACGAGGGUUAGGAAAAGCUGGAUUCAUAAUGACCUUCAGGUUGCCCUCGUAGGGUCAAAGGUUGACCUUACCUAUGAUUAUGAUUACCUUGGUGAUUCCACAGAUGUUCUGAAGAAGAUUGCUGAUGGCUCCCAUCCUUUCUGUAAGACACUGAACAAAGCAAAGAGACCUAUGGUGAUUGUGGGAAGUUCCACUCUACAGAGGAAAGAUGGGGCAGCCCUACAUGCAGCAGUCUCCACCAUAGCUCAGACUGCGCGGGUCCAAUCAGGAUGUGGUGCCGACUGGAGGGUCCUCAACAUCCUACACAGGGUGGCUAGUCAGGUUGCGGCUCUAGACCUGGGUUAUAAGGCGGGUGUAGACUACAUCAGGAAGAACCCUCCCAAAGUUCUGUUCCUCCUCGGGGCUGACGAGGGAGUCAUCACUAGAGCGGACCUCCCCAAAGAUUGCUUCAUCAUCUACCAAGGUCACCAUGGAGACAAAGGAGCAGCCAUGGCUGAUGUUGUUUUACCAGGAGCAGCGUACACUGAGAAGGAUGCAACAUACAUUAACACAGAGGGUCGGCCCCAGCAAACCAGGCUAGCAGUGUCUCCCCCAGGCAUGGCUCGAGAAGAUUGGAAAAUUAUCCGUGCUUUAUCUGAGAUCCUGGAUCAGCAGCUUCCUUACGACACCCUGACGGAGAUUCGCAGUCGACUAGAGGAUGUUGCACCGAAUCUCGCACGCUACGAUAAAGCAGAAGAGGCAAAUUACUUCAAACAGGCCAAUGAUCUCGCUAAGAUGGUGAAAGGUCAGUUGGAAACACAACCCCUGUCCCCUCCCUUACAGAAGCUAGAGGACUUCUACAUGACCGACUCCAUCAGCCGCGCUUCACAGACCAUGGCAAAGUGUGUACAGGCCGUGAAAGAGGCCGAGAAAAAUCCCUACAUGUAGACAGGGGAAUACAUGAUACUGAAACAGGGGCGGGGCAGGGCAGUGACUGUGUUUAACAGUGGAAUUGACACUGAAUCUGCUUUGUUGUUUUGCGUUACUCAUCUUUGUUAAUAAAAUAUUUAAAAGAGUGGA